AUGGUAGCAAAAUGGCUUCAUCGCUCUCGGGACAGCCUGCCCAGAAACACAACAGCAGCAGCAGUUUGUGAGCAACCCCCCCAGCUGCCAGGGGCUGCCGUUCCUGCCGUGCUCUGCUGGGGUUUUGUGAGGAGGAAAUGCAGCAUUGCUCCACUGGAACUGGCUCUUCCUGAAAGGGGCAGCGUGGCAGCGAUGGACAGCACUGGGGACAGUGCAGGGCAGCCCCCAAGCCGGGCCAAGGUGACGGUGACCGUGUACAAGGACCUGGUGCUGCAGCACUACGGCUUCGAGAUCUGCCCCGGGCUGCCGCUGACCAUCGCCUCCAUCACUGCAGGGAGCACAGCUGACGGCAAGCUGCAGCCCGGGGACCAGCUCAUCAUGAUCAACUCCAGCACGGUGGAGGGCCUGUCGGUGGAGCGGGCCGCCAGCCUCAUCAGGGACGCUGGUGACGAGCUGCUGCUGACCGUCCUGCGCUGCACGGCCGGCGGCCCCAAAUCGUCGUUCCUCACCGAGGAGAAGAGGGCGAGGCUGAAAACCAACCCGGUCAAAGUGCGGUUCGCGGAGGAGGUGCUGCUGAACGGACACUCGCAGGGCAGCUCCCUCCUGUUCAUGCCCAACGUGCUCAAGGUGUACCUGGAGAACGGGCAGACCAAGGCGUUCCGCUUUGAGAGCAGCACCACGGUGAAGGACAUCGUGCUGACCCUGCAGGAGAAGCUGUCCAUCCGCAGCAUCGCCCACUUCGCCCUGGUGCUGGAGGAGCAGUACAACCUGGCCAAGAUCCACCUGCUGCACGAGGAGGAGCUCAUUGCUCAGGUGGUCCAGAAGAGAGACUCUCAUGACUACCGCUGCCUCUUCAGGGUGUGCUUUGUCCCCAGGGACCCCUUGGACCUCAUGCAGGAAGACCCAGUGGCCUUUGAGUAUCUGUACCUGCAGAGCUGCAGCGACGUGCUCCAGGAGAGGUUUGCAGUGGAGAUGAAGUGCAGCGUGGCCCUGCGCCUGGCUGCCCUGCACAUCCAGGAGAGGAUCUCUGCCUGUGCCCAGCCCCAGAAGGUGUCCCUGAAAUACAUCGAGAGGGACUGGGGGAUCGAGAACUUCAUCUCGCCCACCCUGCUGCGGAACAUGCGAGGCAAGGACAUCAAGAAAGCCAUCAGCUACCACCUCAAGAGGAACCAGGUGCUGCUGGACCCUCGGCAGAAGCACACACUCAGCGCAGCCCAGGUGCGCCUCAGCUACCUGCAGAUCCUGGGGGAGCUGAAGAUGUACAGCGGGAUGAUCUUCAAUGCCACCAUGAUGCUGCAGGACCGGGAGUCGUACGUGGCGCUGCUGGUGGGCGCCCGGCACGGCGUGAGCCAGAUCGUGAACAGCAAGCUGAACAUCGCCAGCAGCCUGGCCGAGUUCCCCAGCAUCAGCAGGGUGGAGCUCAGCGAGGACUCGGAGCGCGUCAGCACCGUCAAGAUCUACCUGCAGGACCUGAAGGUGCUUACUCUGCUGCUGGAGUCAAACAGUGCAAAGGACCUCGUGUGCCUCAUCGCUGGCUACUACAGACUCCUUGUGGAUGCAAACGCCUCCAUAUUCACCUGGGGAGAGAAACAGCAGGAGCUGCACCGUGUCUCAGCUGAGGAAGGCUAUGAAUCCCGAGCCUGCAGCGACUCCGAGGACUCGUGCGAGCCGGGCUCGGGCUCGGAGCGGCGCCCGGGGAGCCCCGCGGCGAGCGGCGGCGCGGCACCGGGAGCGGCGGAGCCCCGCGGCCCCGCGGCGAGCGGCGACACCGGCAGCGACAGCGCCUCCGAGGCCUCCGACUCGGCCAACGCCGAGAGCCGCGGCUGCAGGACCAGCGGCUCCAGCGACUCCGGGGAUGCGCUGGAGGAGGAUGGGGCGGACGCGCGCCCUUCCUCCGGGCCGGGGCCGCUGCGGUUCUGCGCGCCCGCCGUGCGGGACACGAGCGGCUCCGGGAGCGGCUCCGAGCCGGGCUGCGCCGCGGGCAGCCCCGCCGGCAGCGGCGGCGGCACCGGAGGCGGCUUCUGCUGCCCGCAGGCGCGGCCCGGGGGCGGCCCCGCGGGGCAGGGCGAGGCUCCGGCCCCGCCGCCCGAGGGCAGCGCCCAGGGCAGCCGCAGCCGCGGCCCGGGCUCCGGAGCGUCCCCCGCGCCCGCCCCGCCGGGGACAGCGGGGCACGGCGAGCCCGUCCUGCGGCCGCCGCCGGGAUUCGCCGACUCCAGCUCCGAGGAGGAGUUCUACGAUGCUGCGGACCGGCUCAGCCCGCCGGCAGGCUAUGAUGCAGCAUCCUGGGAGGGCACAGGGAGCUCCUCCUGCAUCCCAAAGAGGCUGAGGUGCUACAGCUUGGGGGAGACCCCCUCGACCAGGGAGAAGCAGGGCCAGGAGAGGGAGCUGACCUGCAGCAAGAGCCUGAGGAAGAGAAGGUCCUUCCUGAAAACUGAUUACACCUCACAGGUCAGCUUCCCUGCAGCUGCCCCAGGCUCCGCACAGCGCUGCUGCUCCUGGCCACCCACUCAGCCCUCGGCAGAGGACACGGGGAAGGACGUGGAGAGGGGGAUUCCUGCAGCCCCCCAGGCCCAGAGGGACACUGCUGGCACAGAGCCCUGCUCUGCUCCGAGGGACACGCAGCCUGGCGCCACGGGGGCAAAGUCGGUGAUGGAAUGGCUGGUUUCCUCCCUUCUGGACAUUCACCCUCCUGGUGGCCAGGGUGGGGAGGAGGAAAGCAGCCUGCAGCCACAGCAGCCCCCUUUGCUGUCCCUGGAGCCCCUUCCCCACAGUGCCAGGGGAGCUGCCCAGUGGAGCUGCCCAGGGGAGGCAGGUCCCGGGUGUGUGAGCCACGAGAGCCCUGUGCCCGCUGCGGGCUGGCAGAGCCCAGGACCACAGGAGGAGCGGGGUGCGGUGGUGCCCGCCCGGCACAAGGCCAGCGUUGUGCCCUCUGCUGUUGUGUGCCCUUCUGACGAGCUCCUGCUGCUGCCACCGGCUCCUGUGCCCAGCACGGCCCCUCCCCGGGAGCUAGCCCAGGGGCAGGGGCUGCUCCCUGCCAGGGUGGAGCCUUCCCUGGCUCCCUGUCGGGAGAGCAAAGCCCAUGGCCAGAGCUGUGCCACCGACAGCGGCGGUGCUGAUGGUCAGGGCAGUGCCCGUGGUCAGUGCUGUGCCCAUGGUCAGUGCCAUGGCGAGGGUCAGUGCCAUGCCCGUGGCCAGCUCCAUGCUGACAUUGAGGGCAGUGCCGAUGGUCAGUGCCAUGCCGACAGCCUGGGCGGUGCCGAUGGUCAGUGCCACGCCAAUGGUCAGUGCUGUACUGAUGGCGAGAUCCAUGCUGACAUCCAGGGCAGUGCCGGCAGCAGCAGCUGCGAGGGGGCCGUGUCCCGGGCCGGGGGCUGGCAGGGGGUGAGCAGGCAGGCCCCGCUGAGGGUGCACGAGGGGCACACGGGGCUCCCAGACACGGCCCAGCUCCUGGCAGGCUGCAGCAGCGCCCCGGGGGCUCUCACGCGCCUCUCCUGGCUGGCGCUGGGCGUGAGGACAGCCCCCGUGUCCCACAGCCCCGGGGCACACAGCCCGGUGUCACACAGCCUGCAGGACAGGGCCGAUGUCCCCCCGGAGCCCCUGGGCUGUGUGAUGCCCAGUGGGUGCAGCGGGGCCGGCGCUGGUGGCAGGAAGGUGCCCACGUCCCCCGCAGCAGGAGCAGGCUGUGCCAGGGAGCUAGUGGGCAGCUCGGGGCCGGGUGCGGGGCAGCCCGGGGAUGCAGGGCAGCCGGGAGGUGCGGGGAUCGUGGCUCAGCAGCAGCCGCAGCGCGCUCAGGCUCCCCUUCCCCGGGGGCAGGCGGCGGGGCUGGGCCAGGGCUCCCGCCUGCCUCCGGCUGCAGGGCUCUCCAUCUCCUCGGUCCCAGCUGCCCCGGGGACAGGAGCAGGAGACCACGGGGCUGUAACACACUCGUUUCUCUGUUUUAACCCCGAGGAGGGCGAGCAGACCCCUCUGUCCCCCGUCCCACACGGGCUGGAGAGCUGCGGCUGCCGCCUGCCCUACAUCAGCUGCUUCCCCCAGCCCCAGAGCCAGGGGGAGGGUGAAAGCAGCCCCCCCCAGCUGCCAGGGCCCCUCACCUGCCCCCCCUCCAGCAGCUGCAGCCUUGCCAGGACCCCCGGGGGCGGGUUGAGCAUUGCUGGGCACAGGGCAGGGCAGGAGCCGCACCUGCGAGCGCUCGGGCAGCUGAAGCAGCAGGCGUGGGCCAGCCCCGCGGAUCUCUCACGCUUCCUGGCCUACACCGCGGAGCUGCAGCAGGUUGUGGGGCAGCUCUGCGGCAACCAGGCCACCCCCCUGCACCGCCAGUGCGCGGAGCAGGGUGCGGAGAGCAAGGGUGCCCUGGGCUGGGCUUCCCAGGACCUGCUGUCCAGCUGCCAGGCGCUGCUGAGCGCGGAGCAGCCUCUGCCCGAGGUGCAGUGCGCCCUGAGAGCCACCUUCGACCGCCUGGUGCAGCUGGCAGUGACCUGCUUCCAGGUGGCACACUGCCAGCACUGCGGGCAGCGCCAGCAGGAGCUGGGGGCGGCGCUGGGCCGUGUGGUGGGCACCUACCAGCGGCUGGUGCAGGCCCUGCAGCAGCAGCUGCACGGGCAGGUGUGCCCCGAGCUGGGCGCCAAGCUGCUGGCCCGCCAGCACGUGGCCCUGGCCGCUGCCAUCCUCUGCCUCCUGCAGCAGUUCAGGGCGUCCCCGAGGCUGUGA